UGAGGACCACCUUGUUGGCAUUCAUCUCCAGACAGUGAAUAGUGCAUCCAAGAUUGAAUUUCUUAGGACCACUUGACACUUGACAGCCCUAUGACCAAACCCAGACUGAACAGUCAAGUAGAUCCACCCAUUUACCAUCUAAUCUUCUUGGUUGAACACAGUAAAAAAUAAAAAAUAAAAAUGCAACCUUUGACUUUCCAAACUGCAUAUGUUUGAAUCUUGAUUUGAACCCAGAAUUUCCUGUCUGGGUUUUGGAUUGGACAAUAAAAAAUUAACAUAUGGGAUUAUAUAACUUCAAGAAUCCCAAACCAAACAUGUGUGUUUGAGAAAAUGGUUGGAGGGUUAUCAGUCUUCAGGGUGUGUUCAAUCCUAAUGGCUUUCCUUUUUGCAAUGUCUGCAUCUUUCCAGUUGAAUGAUCCUGAUCGGUACCUGUGGAUCCCUCUAUACUCGAGUGCAACCAUUGUGAACUCGGUCAAUGGGGCGAGCAACCUGAUGGCAGUCAGAAAACUAGCAAAAUGUACAUUUUGGCUGGGGAUUAUACUGUUCAUCAAACUAAGCAUUCUUGAUCAGAAUAAUGGGAUAGUUGGGCUAUGGUCAAUGGAUAUGAGGGAGAGGGCUGUGAGAGAGAAGCUGGGAAGUGGACUGGUUAUCAGCUCUAUGUGUUUACACCUAAGAAACUCAACUCCAAAACAUCUCGACUAUGGAAUGCUAACCUUGGUGGUGGUGAGCUAUGGGCUAUGUUCUGCUUUCUUUGUGGUCCACAGGCAGGAGAUGAAGUUCUGAUACUACCUGCAGAUCU